UGGGGUCUGCCUCCCUGGAGAUUUCCCCCUCUCUCCCUGUCCUGCCCUGCCCUGCCUCCCACGGACCAGUUGGCGGCAGUGCGGACCAAGGGAGGAUCAGGGAGGGACUGAGUUCAGGAACAGCCCCAUUCCCGGGAAGUGGACGGGCCCGCCCUCAGCACUCACUGGGAAAGCUCAGCUCAGCUCAGCGCCAGUGCAGGCAAAUAAAGUUAAAAGUUGCGUUGUUGCAAGUUCCCGCACUUUGUUGAUUCUUAACCCACAUUUGUUUCUGGUUAUCCUGAGAAUCCUGGAAGAACUGUGUGGGAUUGUGCAAUUACAACACGAGCCGAGAGACGCCAUCAACGAACAGUGUGGCGGGGUUAGCAUUGUAAAGUUUGAGUGUGUUCCCAACUUCCAGGCUGCAGCAGCCCCUCACUGUUCAAGGGCCUCGUUGGCUGAAGCAUGUUCAGCAGCCAGUUCUAUCUCGAGAUCUAAAACCAGCAUAUGAUGUGGCAUGGCCUCGAAAAUUCUACACAAGUUUAGAAGGAAGGUUAAAAAACAUCACACAACUGAGGAAACGGUGGAAGAUUUUCCAGAAAGAUCAGAACUCGAUGAUGACACAGAGGGGUUGUCAGCACGCCUGAGUGGGACAUUGAGUUUUGGAGAUGUCGAUGUGGCAGAUGAGGAGUGUACCCAAGCAGACGCAGCGAACAGUGACUCUGACUUUUUACAAAGUUUUGAAAGUGGUGGGAUGGAAUGCACAGAGAGCCUCUGGGGCGAGGCGAAGCACUGCAACAUGCUUACUAGACAGCUUCAGGAAAGUUGGAAGAAAUCUAAAGGGAACCACCUCGUAGAAAAACUAAUUUUUGAAGUCACUAGUGCCAAUGUAGUUCAGGACACGUCCUCCAAAUAUGUGGCCUAUACCAUACAUGUUAUAAAAUCAGGCAGCUUCGAUGGCAACAAGGCAUUGAUUAUUCGACGUUACACCGAUUUUGCAAAACUGAAUGAGAAACUCCAUAAACAUUUCAAGGAGGAGAUGAGCAACGUAGUAUUUCCAAAGAAGAUCAUCAGGAAAAACUUUACACACGAAACCAUAGCCAAACGCAGCCGAGCGUUUGAGCAAUAUCUCCAGCACAUUCACUCAAUCACAGACAUUCGCAGGUCCAAAGUAUUCCUGGAGUUCUUUUAUCUGCGAGAUUUAAAAGCUGGUCAGGGGUUAUUGCGGGGUGGGAUGUGUGAGGACGCUUUGGAGGCGCUGAUCAAUGCUCUUAACUUGCAACAGAAGCUGGGGUCCUGGGACACUGAGCACUUACUUUUCACUCAAGCUUCUAUUUCACUUUGUUACCAAGAACUGGAUCACUUGGAAGAAGCCCAGGCCUACUGUGAGCAGGCCUUACAGACAGUAGACAACCAGGAGAAUCAUCCACUAUUGGUACCUUUACUUCAUUCCAACAUCAGAUUGUCCUGGAAAAUAGCAAAGGACAAACGUCAGUCAGAAGCCAAACUCCAGCAACUCCAAGAAUCAGGGUUAGAUAUUUUAAAUCAACCUAGCCUUAAAGAAUAUCUUAUUAAAGAUUUUUAGAUUAAAUUAAACACAGCUUGAUGCUACAUGAGGGUUAGAGGGAGACCACUGUAGGUGCAUUUCAGAUGUUUCAUUAAAAUUGAUUUUUUUAUAUCUGCAAGAAUUUUAAAAAGCACCAAAGUUUAGUCGAAGAAUCUCCAUUUUUUUGGGUAAUGUAUGCAGCUUAUUUCACCUUUCCUAAAUCAGAAAACAAAGGUUAUGACACCUAAAAGAUAACAUUGUAAAAUAAAACAUUUUAUAUUUAGACCCAUUUGUCUAGAAAACAAGAUUUGCUGGAGACUCACCUGAUCAUAUUGUGAUCCCAAUCUUAUUCUUUCUUGUUUCGAAGAGCAUACUUUGUAUUGCACCCAGCCUGAUGUGGAUGUAGGCAUGAUGGCGAUAUUCAUUAGGAGGUGAAAGUUACAUUAAGGUUACAAUACUGGGUGAAUUGCUGAUUUAAUAGCUUCAGUAUUAUUGCAAGAUUGGUCUUUGGAGUUGUUCAGUAACAUGCGUUGAAUUUCUUUAAUAAUAAAUAUAAAGGUCGCAGUCUAUCUGUUAAUGGCCCUUCUAUAUAACCUUUGUCUCUAAUUCUCAGAGCAGUUGCUAUAUAUUCUUCACUCUUCACACUGACCCAAAUUAAUCCAGUGUAACUUUCAGAGAAAGAUUAGUUUGACUGGUUGGACAAUAGAGAGAGGUGUGUAAUGCUAUAAAGCUAUGUUGUUUUCAAGAAAGGAAAUAAAUGCAAGCACUCCUACUGAGCUAUAUUAGACCAGGGAGCAUAAGGUUUCACCUUACCAGUCAUAAUUAGCCUCAGUUUUCAGCUAUGCUUACAUUUCAUAAAAAUAGGAAUGGACUCUGGGUAAAACCCUCAUUGUGGAACUUUUUAUAAAUAUUUAAUGGCAAUGGGCUUAUGUGAAAAUUGCCCUUUGUGAAUUAAUGGAAAGCCUGUGGCACUGUAUCCUAUUGUGAGGUAUUAGUCUUCCAGAAAAAUUGCAAGUGUAAAGCAGAGAAGUAUUUUCGGAGUUUCAGUUAACCUUGAAAAAUAAAAGAUAGAACCUGCAAAGUUGAGACAGUUAAAGGUGUAGGUUUGCUCGCUGAGCUGUAGGUUUGAUAUUCAGACGUUUCAUUACCUGGCUAGGUAACAUCAUCAUUGUUAUGCAUGUUUAAAUAUGUAGAGCUGUCCAGGCAGCUGUACAAGAUAGGAGAGAAAUUUCCUCCAACUAAGCCUACGGGGUGACUAAAAAGGAGCAGCCCUGUGGGAGUACCACAUAUUCGAAUGCUGAAGCUGAACUUUUUAUGAACAGUGCAUCAGAAAAAGAACAUUUUGCUUACAGCAAGCAACAUAUAGCACUUUAAUAUUGGAUAUAGUGUUUGUAGUGAGAGGCCUGUCAAUCGAAUAGUUGAAGAGUGUUUGGAAAUGUUUGCAUGUUAAACAUUGCUAUCUGUAUGUUAGUUUCCUUUUAUUGCUAAUGCAUCACAAAAUUGGUCAUCUCCACUUUUUUGUAAGUUUUAAAGUAGAAAGAGAGCUCAAGGAGGUGAGAGUUUAAAAUGUUUCUUCUUGAUAGCCAGCAUUCUGAACUGAUAUAACUGGACCCUGAUGGCAAGAGCCAAGCCUAGGACAGACAAAUGACUGUCAGCCCUGUGCUAGUAAAGAUAAUUCUGGCCCCUGCCAUUCCUUGCUGCUGCUACUUUCUCCUUUCACAGUGUUCACCCCAUGUGUCUCAAAGAUACUGACCAGAAGUUCAGUAUUACCCUCCUCCAAGCUGCUCAUCCAGGGGCAGGUUGUUUUGAAGAGUGGAUGGGAAAUAAAAUUGGGUGGUGUGAAGGGGUGCAGGUUUUUUGCCAACCUACCUCUGAUGGAAAACUGGGGAAAGUGUUAGAUGGCUGACCACAUGGCCAUUAAGAGCCACUUAAGGGCUUGGCAAGGGUUCAGGAUGCCCAUGCUAUGUAGUGAGGGACCCAGCGAAUCCUGGUGGCUUGUGUCAGGUUGGAGGUGUCAUUCCUAUUCAGGCAAUCUCACCCCGAGGGUACAUUGUAUCCUCUGCUUCUCCCCACCCUGCUUUACCAAUGGCAGUCUCAACUUUCCUCACCAGACCCUGCCAGACUCGCCCCAGCAGACCACCCCCCCCCACCUUGUUAUCUGGAUCUGUUGGGAGUUGUCUGCAGUACCAGCUGUGUCCACUGCUCCUAGAGGUGUUGCUGGAACUGGAGAAUUGUUGGCUGCCUCAUUGGUCAACAACUCUCAAAUGCAGCAACCUCCUCCCUAAAGGGGUGGAGUCUAUCAUACACCAAGAAAUGGCCAGUGACCUUGGAAUCAACAUGGGGCUUCCCAGACCCAUGGUGGUGGGCUCACCCCUCAGCUUCUACAAAGAGAAGAAUGGGGGCCAAUGCCUCCACGUAACAUUCCGACCAGUGACUUGUUCACUUAUUCCGCCCAUUUUAUCAGGAAAAUUGACUUAUUUUCAGUGAUUAUUUAACAAUAGGUGAUAUCAGAAGUAAGUCUAAUUCCAGCCUGCACAGAUGAUGCUUUGCAACAGGAGCCGUAAGAUAGUGACCUGAAGUAGAGGGAGACAAGUGUUGGCUUAUUUUCUUUUUAACUCCUCAUCCUGUGGGACUGUAACUGAUUUGUAGUUCUUGAAUGCUGAUAUCAGCUAAUUCAAAGCAGACCAACAAUUGGUCCAUAUAUUUUUAUAAUGCAUCAAAUUACUUAUUUGCAUAGAGCAAUUUUAGGAAGUUCUAUUCCUUUCGUAGUUCAGAUAUGCUUUGCCCCUAACCUGUUCCUAUUCAUGAUGACAAGUAUGCAAUCUGGAGGUCACCGCACAGGGAUCCUUGGAUAUAGCGCUCCAUUUGUGUGGAAGAUUGCUAAUCCAUUAGCAAUAGGUUAUGUAUGCAGUUCUGCAACUGACUUCAUUUGUGAAACUUAACAAAUUCAAAACUUAGCCUUGGCAUUCUAUGGAAAGUUUAACAACAAUAUAUUAUCAGCCAACUCUCUCAAUAAUACAUAUUUCCAGGAUAUUAAACAAUAUAAGGCCAAUUUAGAAAUUAAGAACCACUCUGUUCUUAUAUCAAAUCUUCACUCAAGAAAGGUCUUGAAAUUGUUAAACUCUGAGCUAAUUUGUCAGACUAGAGCUGUGCUCAUGUAAAUUAGGAUUGGUAUUCAUUAAGAGCUGGUUGGUAUGAGUCACCCAUGUGUAGCAUAAGUCUGGCUCUUGCAAAGGGACUUAAUGGAAAAAUAGAUGGUUUACAUUACAAUAAGUAGAAGGCAGUAAGCCAAUGUAUUUUUAAAAUAACAUUGUCAUUGAUUCAAAUUCCAAGCAACGUUUUGGAGGACUUCCUUUUUCACUCAAACCUGCAGCUGCUACUUGCAUUUAUGGAGGCUGGAAUGGAUGACAGUGUCCUAGACCUUCAGUUCAGAUCUAAAGCAUUGUUCCAUACUCAUAAAGAUCCAAGAAGUUUUCUCCAGUUUUAAUUUUUUACACUUAUUUUGCUCAAAGUGCUGAGAUCAUUUAUGUCCUGAGUUGGCUCUGAAUGCUCAUAAUAUGGAGCAGUACUGUAAAUUAUUGGGCAGAUCAUGAUGUUGGCUAUUUCCCUUGGGUAUUUACAGCAGUGCCUUGCACCCAAACCCCAUCUAGUGGGAAGAGAGGUAGGCCUCAACCAAUGGUCUUCAGGGCCUAGAAGCCUCUGGUUUUCAAUUGGCUAGCAACUUGUGCUAAACCAAGAUAGCAUGGUCAAGGCCUGUGAUAGGACAAGAAACCUGCCCGCGUUCACCUGUUACAUUGUGAUUAGCACAUGAUCGGGUGAAUUCUUUUGGCAGUUCAUAGAAACCCUACAGUAUGGAAGCAGGCUAUUCGGCCCAUCGAGUCCACAAGCAUCCUACCCAGACACUCCCCACCCUUCCUAUCACUCGGCGUUCCCAUGGCUAAUCCACCUAGCUUGCAGAUCUUUAAACCGUGGAGGAAAGCAGAACACCAGGAGGAGACUGUGCGAACUCCAUACAGAUAGUCACCCAAGGGUGGAAUUGAGUCCAGUUCCCUGAUGCUAUAAUGUAGCAGUGCUAAGCUCUGAGCCACCAUGACAUCCUUAGGGAAGUACAUUAGUCACCACCUAAAUGCUUGCCCCCACACUUUAAUAAUUAUUGGAAAACCAUACUCUAUUUUAGAAAUCAUCAUCAGAGUGAUAUAAUUUUCAGUUUAAUUCACAGUAAAAGAAUACACCCAUCAACUUAAACCUUCAGUGCCUAAGGGCUGUUAUCCUAUUUUCUGUCUGAAAUGUCCAUGUUAAUGGCUGGACUGAUUAUUGCAGUUGGAGUAGAUUACUAACCUUGUUUUCGUGAAUUUUCUUUUAAUAAUGAAAAGUUUUUGAAAGGUCUGAUUCACUACCAGUCGAAAAUGUGGUUCUGGAAAAAUCACAACAGGUCACACAGCAUCCGAGGGGCAGGACAGUCAACAUUUCAGGCAAAAGUCCUUCAUCAGUAAUCACUUCCACCCUAGCAGCCAACAUCAGACAUUGUAAAAUCCUAUUAUUGUGAAAAUUUAACUUGGAAUAUUAUUUGCAGUCAAAUCUUUUGCAAUAGAAGUCUAAAGCUCAUUUUGGAAUAAAAGGUGACUUAUAUAAUAUCACAAAUUCUUUGAAAUAUUUUUCAUGGUCAUGUUCAAGGCUUUUUAAGCCUAUAUGUCUUAAUUUCACAGUAAAGUUAGCAUUGGCUAACUUAAGCCUAACUUGAGCAUUCAUGCAUGAUUCUGGGAACCCCUCCUUUCCAUUUCAUUUCAAGGAAAAAGACACAUACAUUCUGGAAUUAGGAUAAAAGGAAAUUGCUAUUUUUUUUAAAGUUCUGCAAUGUAAAGUUUCUGAUACUGGAUGUGAAGCCCUAGAUUACCAAUAAGUUUUAAAAUAAGUGCUCAUUAAACAUAUCCUGAAAGAUGAUCAGGCAAAGAAUUUUAAAAGUUAAUGGUUUGCCAAAUCUGAUUAUACUGACCUGCACUAAUGGUCCAAUAGCAGACUACAGUCAGUGUGAAGUUAAAUUGCUGGAGAACUGUCACAAAGUAAAGGAUCUUUCAGAAACUUGGGUUUGUUAUUUCUAGUGAAACACUGAAUGUUUUUGUUUACCUUAGUCUCUUUAGCUACUAAUUAUAAUUGUGUUUUAUUUAAAUUUGUGUAAAAUCAUAAAAGAAAAUUCUCUCAAUAGCAAUAAUAAUGUAUCUUAUGAACAACAAUAAAGUUGGAUCAUAGAAUCUUGCAGAUUAUAUCACCAUCAAACUCUUAAUUGUCUGAUCACUUUUUUAAACACAGUCCCAGCUAUAUAUUCCAAUCAAAAGCCUCUAAUGAAUUAUAGAUAUUGAAUGAUUUUUGAUUUUUAGCUACCAUUAUUCUAAAGUCUAGUUGAUUACUUAGUGAUAUUCAGGACAUCAUUGGGAUAUGUUUCAAAAUAUAUCCACGCUGGGACUUACCUACUUGACAAAGGAGUUCAGUGAUCAGAAUUUGAGGUAACCUCAGAACUUUGCCCGAUUUGUUUCAGUAGCACUUUUACAAAUAUUCUAUUGUAUAUGCGACACUAGAUUCAAUAUAAGCACGAAGCAGGUCCCUUGCUUUUAAGCCUUUCAAAAACUAGCACUAUUUAAACCAUCUAUGGUUUACUUCAAAAUAUGUUAAAGCAAGGGUUUAUUAACAACUAUUUUGUGACAUUAUUUGUGUAGUGUGAUACUCAGGCAGCAAGUAAGAGGUAUACACUUAAUCAGGCAUUUCCGUUCACACCAACGUCCGUGACAAUGCACAUCUUGAAAUUUAUCUGAACAUAUAUAAGUUUUUCACUUGCCAAGUAGCAAACAUUUCAUGCCAACAGUGUGCAGGCAAUGUUCUAAAUUAUUAUAAACAUGCUUUUCAAACUUCCUGCAAAUGUCAAAAAUCCUUCCUCCUGCUCAGGCAUUUUUUAAAUGUGGUUUUACACAAGAUUAGAUUCACAUCACUGCACAAUUGCAAAGUGCUGAGUUAGCUUCCUGGGAGGGCCUUAGAAUCUUUGGAUUUCAGAAAUCACUUUUGCCUUAACGUAAACGCAGACCACUUUUCAUUCUUGCAAAACCAACAUUAUAACUACAACCAGUAUUCAGGCCACUCCAAAGUCUGUCAAGCUAAUUGAAAAACAGACAUUCUGUUUUCAGGCAUUGUUGCAUUAUAUUCAAUGCAAAAAUCAUGUCGAUAACAAUUAAAAAGGACUAGAAAGGAGAGUAGAGCAGCAAUCUAAUUUUCUGUCCUUUGUUUGGAUCAUUUGAUUUAUUCAAAAAACUUUUGGCGCACGCUAUUUUGCUAUCCCAAGGAUAUUUUCUUUUCCUACAUUCCACUUGCGUUCCAAAUAGUUUUUCUGUGCUGCUAAUUUCAUGGCUCCAGAAUGCAUUUUCUGGGUAAA